AUGGAAGCUGAUUGUGUGGUGGCACCAGAUGGAGACCCUCGGCUUGUUCGUGUCAUCCACAUCACAGGACCACCAUCAACCCAGGGUACCAAUGCUCCUCCUUGCAGUCAAGGCGAGGAGGAGCCUGAGGUGGCCAGCGCCUACAGGCCAAUGCUGCGGCGGCAGCACUCCAGCCAGAUUGAGUGCAAGCGCAGAUCGCUUGAGCACGCGAAGGAGUCAAGCACAAACCUCCUGAUUGUGUCGAGGGCAAGGAGCACGCCAGGCCUCACCGUCUCCUGCGCGUCGGGAUCGGGACAGUGGAUGUGGGUGCGUUGGGCGCGAAGGGGUCCUGAGGAUGUGGGGCUGAAGGAUAUCAUCAACAUAACUGAAAAAGAUGAACUAAAUAAAUAA